AUGGUUAAUGGAGCAACUAUUGCUUCGUCUCCCGACCAUGCGCAACAGUCGAUGAUGGUAUCAACGAACUGGGCCUUACUGGUUUUGUCGGCCUCUGCCUUUCCCAUUCCCGCGCCAAUCUCCUCUGGCCUCUCCUCGCUCGUUCCCUCGCUCCUUGCGAUCUCUGCUGCGGUCGCGAUUCCUCUCGUUGUAGCCGCCAUCCCACCGGUUACCUUUGUACCCUUGAGUUCGCCCCUGCCUGCCUCCGCUCGGUCCGCGGUCGCCUGGUGA